GACCAAUAGGCCCUGAUCAAAAAUGCGGACAUGUCAGAAGAGAUGCAACAGGACUCGGUGGAGUGCGCUACUCAGGCGCUGGAGAAACACAACAUAGAGAAGGCCAUUGCUGUUCGUAUCGGGAGGGAAUUUGACAAGAACGGUUCCACCUGGCAUUGCAUCGUGGGGAGGAACUCCGGGAGUGACGUGACGCAUGAAACCAAACACUUCAUCUGCUUUGACCUGGGCCAAGUGUCCAUUCUUCCAGUCAAAUCUGGUUGAAAGCCUGGAUCACUGCCACACACCCACGAUCCAUCCAAAGACAAGGACUGUGGCUGAAAUUCUAAAUACCAGAGACUGAAAUUUCCAGCCUUGCUGAGGGAACACCUUGAUGCUUGAACCUUUAUUGUGUAUCCUGCAGGGUAUUCUCUGUACUAGUUUGUUGUGGUUAUAAGCAAUUGGCAAAAUAGCCCACAUUGGUAUUUAUUUUCUCUUCCAUACUUCUGCCCCACAUUGUUUUCUCUCAAAAUCCUUUCCUUUAAAAAAGAGAUCUGUUG